CGAUAUAACUCAGUUAUGUGAGAAAAUAAUAAUUGCUGUUUUAGACACUGAACAAUGGCAGCAAGCAAGAAGAAGAAAUCGCCAUCUAAAAAAAAGUCGUCACCCAAGAAAAAAGGCACAAAGAAAAAGGGAAAGAAGGGCGAUUCUAAAGGUGCCUUGCAAAUAUGUUAUGCGAUUGCUGUAUUCGAUCUGGCACACGCAUUAUACUUUGCCGUUCAAGCGACUGUUUUAUUAGUCACAAAAUUAAAUAUAUUCUCUAUUUUGGCUAACUUGGGAACCAUAUUUUGGGUCCUGAUUGUUAUACUGCUUAUAGUUGGACUAUGGAAGCGACGACCUGCAAUGGUGAGAGGAUGGCUCAUUUUCUCGCUGGCGGGCUUCAUUGUAGAUGUAUUGUUUUUACUCUGGGGGAUAGCCUCUUCUCUAACCGUAGACUGGGAUCAUUUAAAAGAGUUUACUAUUAUUUUCCUUGGAAUUCUUAUUGAAAGCUCCUGCAUUUACCUUAUAUACAGGUAUUACCUGAACAUGGAUCCAUGUCGCCUUGUCGAUGAGCCUGAAAAGGGAGGAUUUAUUUGCUUCGCUAAAAGGAGUAGUAAGAAGAAAAAGAAGAAACUUGACCCAAAGGCUUGCAAAGAUCAACAAAAAGCAGCUAAAGGUAAAGGCAAAAAGAAGAAAUCUGAUCCUAAGAAAAAGAAAUCUUCAAAACCAAAGAAAAAGAAGUAA